UUUUUUCUUCAAUACACACUAUACUUCAUUGACUAUGGCUGAAUCAGUACAAUACUACCUCGAGCGUAUGAUACCUGAGCUCGAGGGUCUUGAGAAAAAACAUGUCUUUUCUUCUGCCGAGAUCAAAUCGAUCAUUAAAAAGCGAACUAAUUUUGAAUAUGCUCUACACCGUCGUAUCAAACAAAAGAUUGAUUUCUUGAGAGCUAUUGAAUAUGAAACGAACUUGGAAGAACUUCGUCAAAAGAGAGUGGCUCGUAUGGGCUUAAAGGAUGGUUUAAAAGGCGAUGAUUUACAAUACUCAGGCGCAAGAAGAAUCUACGGUUUAUUUAGACGAGCCACCAUCAAAUUCAAAAAUGACUUGUCACUUUGGUUACAAUACAUUGAUUAUGCUAAACGCAACAAAGCCAAUAAUAUCUUGUCGAGUGUGUUUGUUCAAGCCAUUCAGCAUCAUCCUCACAAUGCUUCUUUAUGGAUCAUGGCAGCCACUUGGGAACACGAAGAGAAUGCUAAUGUAGCAGCUGCCCGUGUCUUGUUACAACGCGCACUUCGUCUGAUGCCUGAAAAUCAAUCAUUAUGGCACGAAUAUUUCCGUCUUGAACUGAUCUAUAUCGAAAAGAUCAAGCUCAGAAGAAGAUUACUCGGUAUCAACCAACCUCAAACUCAGACAGAAGAUGUGAUGGACACAGACAACACAAUUCAAUUACCUGCAUUAACAGGCGAAGAUGUAGCACAAUGGAAAUCAGACGAAAACAAAAAGACCAUGACAGAAAAAGAAGCAGCUGCACUCGAGGAAGCCAACAAUCCAAUCUUGCAAGGUCUUUUGGCCAAGAUUGUGUACGAUAAUGCCAUUCAAGCCAUUCCAAACGACAUUGGAUUCCGCCAACGAUUUAUUGAUGUCUACCGUGAAUUUACAGAGAUGGAGACACAGAUAGACCAUGUAUACGAUACCAUGCAGCGUGAUUUAUACGAUCAGCCUGAAGCCAGACGUGUUUUAGCCUCAAGACAUAUGACUGGCAGUCUAAAAGUAUCAGAUCCUGCUUUUGUGCCUGCUUUGCGUGCAUGUGUGCAGGACUUUGAAAAGGCCGUGGCUGAUCUGAACAUGCCAACGAUGUGGCAAUUGUAUAUCGAAUUCUUAUUGAAUUGGCGUGACUUGGUGACAGAAGAAAACCUGCGAUUGUAUCUCACCAAACUGUCACAAAAGACAUUGAAAGCGUGUCAGAAAGAAGGUCAAAUGAAUGCAAAGAUAUACGCGUUAUGGAUGCCUAUGUUGAUCGAGACAGACAAGGAGAAGGCAGAGACCGUGGCAGAGCGAGGCACAGAGAUGUUUCCUGAUGCUACACCACUUUGGUUAUAUCGUAUUCAAUUGGCAGCAACCAAAGAAUCCUUGUAUUGGAAAGCAUUGGCGCUGAAUCCUGGCUCACUUGUGUUAUGGCGCGCCUUUAUUGACUGGAUCAUGCAUGGCAAUCUAUCGACACAAGACAUUGAUCGUCUGUUCUACAAGGCAUGUGAAAAAGUGACGAUGCUUUUACCUUCCGCUACUUCUUCUGAACCCUCCGAGAUCAAACAAUUAGUUCAAUCACGUUAUGUGGAAUGGACAGCUGCAUCUCAAGGUAUUGAAGCUACACGUACUGUUUAUCGCAAGAUCAUCAAGGGCUUUUAUCCUACUUUUGGAUUUUAUAUGAAGUGUGUUGAACUUGAGAAUCAAUACGGUACUGGAGACCAACAAGGAAAAGCCAGUGUGGAAUAUCUGUAUGAACAAGUAACUCGCAUGGAAGAUCAUAAAGAAGAAACCUAUAUUUCAUACCUUGCCUAUCUUUACUCUCAAAAGAAAUUUCAAAAGGCCAAUCAAGUGUACCAUAGAGCAUGUCAUGAACUACCCAACAAGGAAGCAUUGGAUCUUCAAAUCCAAAAACUAAGAAAAUAAACAUAAUAAAUCUUUAGAAUUUUAAAACUCCU